AUGGCCAUCAUUAAGGGAUCUGAUACUGAGAAAGAGAUUGGCAAGGGGGAGCAGUUUGAGCAUGCUGAUGCGCAUGAUGCUGCUGCGAGAGGGCACUUGGCCACUGACGAACAUGGCAAUCCCAUCGCUACCUUUGACGCAGAAGCCGAGAAGAAACUCCGUCGUAAGAUCGAUUGGUAUGUCAUGCCGACAGUUACCAUCUUAUACUUGAUGUGUUUCGUCGACAGAGCAAACAUUGGCAACGCGAGAUUGGCCGGUCUUGAAGCAGAUCUCGGCCUUAAAGGUUAUGACUUUAACCUCUUGUUGACAGUCUUUUACAUCUCCUACAUCGUCUUCGAACUCCCCGCGAAUAUGCUCUGCAAAUGGAUGGGUCCAGGCUGGUUCAUCCCCGGCACAGCAGUCUGCUUCGGCGUCGCCUCCCUCGGAACAGCAUUUGUCAACACAAUGGGCGAAGCAUGCGCCGUGCGCUUCAUCCUCGGUAUUUUCGAAGCUGGUAUGCUUCCCGGCAUUGCAUACUAUCUCAGCCGAUGGUACCGUCGUGGCGAACUUGCUUUCCGACUUGCUAUCUACGUCGCUAUGGGUUCCUUCGGCGGAGCCUUCGGAGGCUUGUUAGCUUCUGGAAUUCUUAAGCUUGACUCUUUUGGGUCGUUGACGAGAUGGAGAAUGAUCUUUGCUAUUGAGGGUAUUGCGAGUAUUGGGCUUGCGCUUAUUGGGUUCUUUACUAUGACUGAUCGACCUAGUACUGCAAGAUGGUUGACGGAGGAGGAGAAGGAUCUUGCUAUUGCUCGUAUCAAGUCAGAGCGUGUUGGUGUUACAGAAGUCUUGGAGAAGUUCUCGUGGAAGUUGGCUCGUCGGGGUAUCUUCUCGCCAGUUACACUCGGCACUGCGGUCAUCUUUCUGUUCACAAACAUCACUGUCCAGGGACUCGCCUUUUUCGCGCCCACCAUCGUCAGAACCAUUUACCCUGACGCGUCGGUUGUCCAACAGCAGUUGCGAACUGUACCGCCUUAUAUCGUUGGAACUUUCUGCACUGUUGCUAUGAGUUUCUUGUCGACUGUCAUCGACCGUCGCAAUAUUUUCAUCAAUGUGUCGCAGCUUCCUGUCAUUACAGGCUACAUCAUGUUCCUCGCCACGACAAAUCCCUACGUCCGCUACGCAGGAACAUUCCUCAUCUGCGCCGGCACCUUCGCCAACGGCGCUCUCUCCAACGCUCAAGUCUCAGCCAACCUUGUAACCGACACAGCUCGAGCAUCUGGUAUCGGCUUCAACGUCAUGUUGGGUAACAUUGGAGGACUAAUCUCCACAUGGUGUUUCCUGCCCUUCGAUGGACCCAACUACCCCAUCGGCAAUGGUCUCAACCUUGCGUCUUGUUCGUCCAUCUUCCUACUUACUAUUGUUUUACAUGUGUAUAUGAAGUGGAGUAACAAGAGGAGAGAGAGGAUUGAUGUUAGUCAGGCUUUGGCUGGACAUAGUGUUGAGGAGAUUCGGGAUAUGGAUUGGAAGCAUCCUGGUUUCUUGUGGAGGCCUUAG